GACGUGCCGUUCAGGCUGACGGCCGCUUUCGCCGAGCACUACGAGCUGCGCACCAGCGCGGCCCUGGACAGGGAGACGACGGGCGAGUACAACGUGAGCAUCGUGGCCACGGACUGGGGCCGGCCGCGGCUGAGCGCCCGCGAGAGCGUGUGGGUGCGCGUGGGCGACGUGAACGACAACGCGCCGCGCUUCACGCAGGCGGCGUACAGCAUGUCGGUGAGCGAGAACGACGCGGGCGCGGUGCGGCUGGGCAGCGUGAAGGCGACGGACUCGGACGCGGGCGCGAACGGGCGCGUGAGGUACGCGCUGGUGCGGGAGGAGGGCUCGGAGGCGGCCGCCGUGUCGGUGGACGCCGAGAACGGAGACGUGUUCGUGCUGCGUCCGCUGGACUACGAGCAGCUGAGGCAGCUGGAGGUGGUGGUGAGCGCGGCAGACGCGGGCUCUCCGUCGCGGAGCGCCACGGCGCUGCUGCGGGUGCUGGUGCGGGACGAGAACGACAACGCGCCCGUGGUGCUGCACCCGCCGUCCGACGGCGGCGCGGCGCUGGGCGAGCUGGUGCCGGCGGGCGCCGAAGCGGGCUACCUGGUGGCCAAGGUGGUGGCGGUGGACGCGGACGCGGGGCAGAACGCGUGGCUGUCGUACGAGCUGGCCAAGGCGACGGAGCCGGGGCUGUUCCGCGUGGGGCUGCACAGCGGCGAGGUGCGCACGGCGCGCGCCGUGGGCGAGCGCGACGCGGCCCGGCACCGGCUGGUGGUGCUGGUGCGGGACCGCGGGCGGCCGCCGCGCUCCGCCAGCGCCACCCUGGCCGUGGCCCUGGCCGACGGCUUCUCCGAAGAGCACCUAAGGGCCGGCCAAGAGGCGCCGGCCGCCGAGCCCGACGCCCGCCUCACCCUCUACCUCAGCGUCUGCUUGGCCUGCGUGUCCGCGCUCUUCGUGGCCAGCGCCACGGCCGCCGUGGCCGCCAAGCUGAGGCGGGCCCGAAGGGGCGAGCCGGGGCCCUUGCCCGUCUUCCCGCAGUCGGCCGCCGACAGCAGCGCCGGCUCCCUGCCCCGCAGCUACGUCUACGACGUGCGCCUCGCCGCCGGCACCGUCAACAGCGAGUUCCGCUUCCUCGGGCCGCUCUUCCCCUGCUUCCCCGCCGGGCUGCCGCCGGGCUCGGCCGAGCAGCGGAGCUCGCUC